AGGCUGCGGACACAGGCGGAUGAGGUUAAAGAAGCACGUGACCAACGUGUUUACGUUUGAUUUGAAUCUCUCUGAAAUUUGAAGACGCUCGCCAUUAGUAAACGCACGCCAAGAGCCGUGAGGAUAUGUGUCGUCGGAACAGCACGUGCAAGCGCAACCAACGGACAUCGUGACAGCAUCUCCAAGCCAUCUCCGCAAGUUCGGCGUGGAACACACUGUGAAGCAUGCUGGCUACGCUAGUGAGACUCACUGGGCUUGUAGCCUGCUGUGUAGGAAUUUCCAGUGCCAAUUACAAACUCCAAAACUUUAAGCCUCUCGCUGAAGGUGAACUGUAUUACGAGACCGUACCGAGCGGGGAGCUCAAAGUUUACUGCUAUCAUGGUGAACCACUAUCCUAUUUUUCGUUAGUCAGAACGCUGCACGUCGAAUUUAAAGUUAUACCGGAAAAAUACACCUUAUUUGAAGGCGAAAGCUCUGCUAAAGUGCACGAACAACACGAAGCUCUGCUGGCUAGCUGGCUGCCCUUGCUGCCUUGGAAACAGUCGACCAUCUCAUUCCCAACGUUUCGACCACAUUGCAUCGGCCUCGUGUCUGAAGACGCCUAUAGAUUUGAGUUCGUCAUCCGUAGAGUGAACUACUGGAAGUUGCUGCAACUGGUGUCUGCUAUUCUACUUUUCUAUGCUGUGCCAUCCUUGUGCCGCAAUACAGCAGUCUUCUACUCUUGCGGCAUCAGUGUUGGAGUCCUAGCGUCCCUUCUGAUAAUCGUCUUUAUCGCCAGCAGAUUUUUUCCGAGAAAGCUCGGAGCCUACGCCGUCAUUGGAUUCGGUUGGUCACUGUCCCUGUACUUCUUUCAAAUUCUCUGGGCGAAUAUAUAUGACGUGCUGUCUGGCUACAGAUCAGCCCUGACUGCCUACUUGGCCAUGUCCGCUUUGAUCAGCUUUGCCGUCUGCUACAGGCUGGGUCCGCCAAGUAACCCACGCACGCUUGACUUGCUGCAGUGGUCCCUUCAGCUCGUGGCCCUGAUUGCCAUGUUUCUCUCCUCAGAAAUACGCGAGGCAACGAUGAGCAUCGUCGUGAUAAUUCUCACGACUUAUAAUUUCCCAAGGAAGUGGAUGGCACGGCUGCGCACAUGGUGGAGGAAACGCCGUCCACCGAAAGUGGUGAUGCUGACCGAAGAGGAGUAUAUCAGGCAGGCAAACGAGGAGACUCAGAAAGCGUUGAUGACGUUGAGGAAGUACUGCAGCAGUCCACACUGUGAUGCAUGGAGGGUCAUGGCUAAGUUGAGGGACCCCGUGCGGUUCGCGAAGUUCGUCCACGGCGAGUCGCACCUGGCGGAUGCAGAGAUCUUGGACUAUGAGGUCGACCACGCGCUUGCCUCGACAGAUGUUGAUGACACGGAUGACUCUGACGGAGAGGAGCGUUUAGGAAACGCGAGUUACACCGAACUACAGCGUUAGUGGAAUAGUUCAAUGCCCGUUUUGCGUUAUGAAUAUUGACAUUUUACACUUUUAACAAUUUUUAAAGUGACAA